CGCAGCGUGGCGAUUUGUCCGUCUGUCGGCGAAAUGAAGCACAGGGGUGUCGGGCUGGUGUGCAUAGACGCCAGACAUCACUCAUGAGCCGAGAUCUAUGGAAACUCUCAUCGCUUCACUCGCCUUCAUCAGCCUCUUGAUGACGGCUUCCGGCUGGCUGACGGCUGCUUAUCAGCGCUUCUCGACGUUCCCACUGGACAAGAGGAAGUGUGCGCGACCGCAGUGCUGCCCUGCCAAAGGUCCUCCGCUGCAUUUGCAUCAUGCGACUGCGCACUGCGUGCUGAUGGGCCUUGAGGACGCCUCAUGGAGGGCAGAUGCGGCUUCGCGGCGAAGCGCCAUUGCAGCUGCGGCGGUGCCUGCAACGGUCCUUGUGCCUCUCACGGCUCUAUUGCCAGCCUCUGCUGAUGAGUCGGAGGCGAGAGAGGAUGCACCAGCGUCUCCGGACGCCGUCUUUCUCAACGAGACCACACCAAAGUAGGCCAACAAGCGGAAGAUACACCAAACAAGACAUCCGUCGAUUGUUCUAUACUUCCAUUGUUGUCGCAUCAGGAUCACAGCUCGUUGUUGGUUGGAGAUUGCCGAGGCGCCGAAGACAGCUGAUGGCGCUCCCCUUCUCCUGGGCCGCCUCAACAUCUCGGUUUAUGGCGAGAUUGUGCCCAAGACGGCAGACAACUUUAUCCAGCUGUGCAGCUCGGGCAGUUACCAAAACAGCACUAUCUACCGGAUCGUAAAGGACUAUGCCCUGCAGAUGGGCGACAUCGGUGCGGCCGGCACGGGCAAGAGCGGCCGCAGCGCACAGCCCGACGGCUCACCGCUGCCAAAGGAAAACACGCGCAUCCGCCACUCGGUGCCGGGCCAUGGUGUGGUGAGCAUGGUGCGCGACCUCAAGACCAAGAAGGUCGACAGCCGCUUCUUCAUCACUCUCGUGGACGACGCCGGAUGGGCCGACUCGCGCUUCGUGGCGUUCGGAAGGGUGCAAGGAGGAGAAGGGUUGAUGGAGCAGCUUGGGAAAGAGAAGGUGGAGCCAGUGACCAACAGGCCGGUGCGCAAGCUCAUCAUCGCUGACUCGGGCGUGUACGGCCCCGAUGAGCCCUUGCCCGUAUCCCCGCCGCCAUCAGCACAGUCCAUUGUUAGCGCCAAGCCACGGCCGCUGCUGCCGACCGUCACCUCCCCAGCCGAGCCAAGGAAGGGUCUGUUUGAUGGACUGCUGCCGUCGUUGGGUGGUGGAGAGGGCGGGGGGGAGAUUCAGUCGACCGAUUCUGCUGACAGGGAGGCAGAUCGUGUGCGACGGGCCAGAGAGGCGCAGGAAGAGAUCAGACUGCGGAAGAAGAGACAGACAGAAAGGGAAAGCGGCGAGUGAACGACUAGAGAAAGAGUGUAUGGCGAGGCGAGUGUGCUGGUUGAAAUUAAUGGUGUCCAGAGGGAUCAUGCAAUUGACGGAGACGAGCAAAGAAGGUGCAUACUAAGCUGGUCGACUGUUGACUGAUGCGUUUGGACCUCUCAUACACCUUUGGAGAGAGGUGUGCUGUGUGGUGCUUCUGUUGUUGUCUUGCGAGCGAGGGGGUCGUGAGGGGGUCGUGUGUAUGUCCGGAUGGAUGGAUGGAUGCAUGGAUGCUGCAUGUGGUGCGGUCUGAACAGUCGUGCUAUCUACCCCUCUGUUGGUAUCGUCGUUCGGUUGGGUGUGGGAGGUCGAUUCUGGCUCGUUUGAGAUCGACAUCCGUGCCCUCUGCAGGAAUGCCUGGACCCAGGUGUUUUUGCACUGGGCAGCGUGCCGUGUGUCAAAUGAGCCAGGACCGGCCAACAUCCAAGAGAGCUCAAAGAAUGGAAGAGCCAGAGACUGACAGGUGUGUGGUUGCUGCCUGUGUGCAAGGGUGGGCUUCUCACUCUCGGUGCCGUGAUGGCUCAUCGCCGCUGCAUGUCAGCAGUGUCGGUGUGACAUGACGGCACUGUGUCUCGGGAAGCCCACAGCGAUGCACAAAGCGAAUGACACACGUGUGUGAAUGGGUGGGUAUGGUUGGUGUCAAUCCACAGGCAUUCAUUCAACGAACAUGCAAACAUCCACACGCACAUCCAGGAAUGAAAUGAAUGUGUCCGUCCAUCGCCAACACGCAGACCACCCAUCCAUCCGCCUGUCAUCCAUUGCACAGAGAGCAGGAGAGGCCCACACUUGCAAC